UCUUCAUUCCCCCAGCUCCAAAAAAAAGAAAAAAAAAAAACCAAACAAUGGCUCUGCUACAUCGGUCCUUUCCCCCUCUUUCCCCGCCUGUAAUUCUUUCAUCCAAACACAAACAAUCACCCUCCAACUUCAACUUAUUUACACCUUCCACCCUUCCCCUUAACCGCCGUCAAUUCCCCUCCUUAAAACUAUCCGCAACUCUCGCUACCGAAUCACCCGCCGGUCCUGUUUCUGGAUCCCCAAAGCUCGUUUUAGAAGUAAAAGACUUAACGGCCGUCAUAACGGAAACCGGACAGAAGAUUCUAAACGGCGUUAAUCUUUCUAUCUAUGAAGGCGAGAUUCAUGCUAUUAUGGGAAAGAAUGGUUCCGGGAAGAGCACUUUUGCCAAGGUACUUGUAGGUCACAAAGACUAUGAAGUUACCGGAGGGUCGGUUGUUUUCAAGGGAGAGAAUUUGCUUGAGAUGGAAGCAGAAGACAGAUCGCUUGCUGGGCUUUUUCUAAGCUUUCAGUCUCCUGUUGAAAUCCCAGGAGUGAGUAACAGUGACUUUCUACAGAUGGCGUACAAUGCCAGGAGACGGAAGCUUGGUUUGCCAGAGCUUGAUCCACUUCAGUUUUAUGGUUACAUCAUGCCGAAGAUGGAGAUGGUGAACAUAAAGGCAGACUUUUUGAAUAGAAAUGUCAAUGAAGGCUUUAGUGGUGGUGAAAAGAAGCGAAAUGAAAUUUUACAACUUGCGGUGCUUGGGGCAGAGUUAGCUAUAUUGGAUGAAAUAGAUUCUGGAUUAGAUGUUGAUGCACUAAGAGAUGUUUCAAAAGCAGUUAAUGCACUAAUGACUCCUACGAACUCUGUUUUGAUGAUCACUCAUUACAGAAGGCUCUUGGAUUUUAUCAAACCCACAUAUAUCCACAUCAUGGAUGAGGGGAGGAUUUCUAGGACUGGUGACAUUUCAAUUGCUAGCAUUCUUGAGAAAGAAGGUUACAAAGCAAUGUCGACCGCAUAAUUUGAAGCUAGAAGGUUUUCAAUAUUAUUGAAGUUUUGGCACAUCAUUAUCCCUUCUAGACAUUUUUCGAGACUGCUGGAAUUACAAGUCACCUGAGAUGAUCACUCAAAGAUCAAAGAGAGAAUGUUCCAAACUGUGUCAACCAUUGCAUCAGUUAUUUGAGAGACACUUGAGGCACGGGUAGGUAUCUGGGUUGCUCUCUUCUUUUGUAUACUACAUAAACACAAUUAGUACCGUUAACAUCUGUUGUAUAUUAGUGUGAUUCAGUUUCCUAUCCCCAAUAAAACUCAAUUUUUGUGGUC